GCAGCUAUAUAAAGAGCUAGAAAUUAAAGCUGCAUCUUAACUAGAGAAGCAAAUACAUACCAUAUAGCAUUAAUUUGAAGAAUUAAUAUAUAAUGGCUGGGCUACCGGAUAAGCUUGUUGCGCAGGUGGCGUUUAAGGCCGGAGGCGACGUGUUUCAUCAUCUCAUGGCGAAGAACCCUAAACAUUUCGCCAAAGUCCUUCCUAACAAAGUCCAGGAUUGUGAACUUCAUCAAGGAGAUUUUGGGAGUUGUGGCUCUGUUAUUCAGUGGAAAUACGUUCUUGGUGGAAAAGAGCAAAGAGCAAAACAAGUUAUACAAGUAGAGUGAGGAGAAGAAGCUAAUCACAUUCAAAAUGAUUGAUGGAGAUGAUCUACAGCUCUACAAAAAUAUGGUCAUAACUUAUCAUGUUGAGACGAGAGGUGGUGUCGACUUCAUAACAUGGACCAUUGAUUAUGAGCUGCUGAAAGCCGAUAAUCCACACCCAACGGCGCUCUUAAACUACUUUAUUGAGUUCACUAAGGAAACGGAAGCUCAUAUUUUCGGAUAAAAUUUCAUCUUUCUCAUCAAUCCACCAAGUAAAGUAUAUUCAUAAUUUAAUUGUAUUUGUAUAAAUAAGAGUAAUAGCUUUGAUGAUGCUAAAACAAAACCUGUGUGUUGCGAAUAAGCGACGGAUUGGUGAAGCAAAUAUGUUUGUGCGUUUUUAUGUUUCUUAUCUUAUAGUAUGUCUUAAUUUGCGUGGUUUUUGAAUUCUA